AUGGAUGAAAGGUCAUCAUCAGAUCAAGGACAGGCACCUAUAGGCCAAUCCUGGCCAUAUAGGAACCACCAUCAAAUGCCGAAGGCAUUUGAGGGCAAUGGUCAUAAGUGGCACGUAAUAAAAUUGAAAUGUUUGGAAAUUAACGAAUCGCUUCGUCUUAUCCACCAGAUUCUCAUCAAGCUUAAGUGGAAAAUUCAGGAAUAG